CUUGUUUAAAGACUAGUAAAUAUUACCCAAUUAGUGUUAGCAUUAGAUUAAAAUAAAGAGAAACUAAUGUCGGUCUUCACCUUUUUUUACGCCUACACUAGUAAGAAUGAAAAUCCCGUCUAUAUUAUUUCAACAAAUCACCUUUUCUUGAGUUGUUCUACCAAUUUCAUAAUAUACAAUGCAUGUCCAAUUUUAAUAUUCAAUGGACUAAUGAGCUUCCCCAGUCAAAUGGAGAAAAGAUUCCAUCAACGGAUAACGUAAUCAUGGAUCGUCAAAAUUGUGCUCUUCGAGCAGUCUCCCUACCCUCUGGGUAGAAGUUCCUCUGCAAAGGUCUUAGGAAAUACCCCUCCAUAAUUUUCCUCGUUCCUCGAAAAAUCAUGGAGAAUUUUUUUUGUAGACAUCUGUCUAUUAUUCAUCUACGUAAUUGAUAAUGUAUACAGA